AUGAAAACCACCGAAAUCUUUACACUUUCUCCUUAUUCCUUAAGCUCGCGAACUCAAUAUCUUUACUAUACUCUCGUUUUUACAAUUAUUAUUAGCUCGGUCUGCGCUCAAGAUGCAAACAGUACCAGCACCAACACCACUACUCCGGACAACUCUACUCAACCUAGCACUCCUCAUUGUUCAUCUAAGCAAGACAUUUCUUCUUAUAACUUUGGAGCUCAUUUGGCCGCCCUUUUUAAAUAUCCCGCAUUUAAGAUUCCAAGCAUAGUAUUUUUCAUUACCAAACACUUUGGGAGCGGCGUGAUUCUCGCCACAGCUUUUGUACACAUGCUUCCAUCGGCAUUUGCGUCUUUGAAUAAUCCAUGUCUUCCGUCGGUGUGGACAAGUUACGGUGCUUGGCCAGGUGCAAUCGCAAUGAUGGCUGCAUUAUUCAUCUUUUUUAUUGAAUACUUCGCGUUAAGAGUGGCCGACAAGAUGGGUGAAGUGAAUAACGAAGAUACCGUUAAUGAGGCCGUCGCCGAUAAACCGGGUGUCACUUUCGAACAUUUUCACCACCAUGCUCAUACCGUUUUAGGCACUCGGGCUGAAAUAAUAGGUAUCAUUAUUUUAGAGUGUGGUAUAUGUUUUCAUUCGGUAAUUAUUGGAAUGGCCUUAUCCGUCUCUGGCGACGAAUUUAUUUCAUUAUUUGUCGCAUUAAUAUUUCAUCAAAUGUUCGAAGGCCUUGGGCUCGGUUCUCGUAUUGCUGAGCUCCACUUUCCCCCGAAAAGUAUUGAACCAUGGUUGAUGUCAUUGGCUUACGGAACUACAACUCCGAUAGGCAUUCUUAUAGGUUUAUUAAUUCGUAAUUCCUAUAAUCCUAAUUCUGAUACUGCGCUUAUCGUACAAGGAGUUUUUGAUUCAAUCUCUGCUGGAAUUCUUUUAUAUGCUGCUUUGGUUGAACUUAUUGCCAACGACUUUAUAUAUGACCUGGACUUUCAAAAUAAAAUUCCUAAACAAAAUCAAAUUGUCGCCUUCACCUGUUUGAUUGUUGGUGCUGGUAUUAUGUCUUUGAUUG